CUCUUUUUUCCCUUCCCUUCUGUUUUCUGCAGUGAACACCUACCUCUUCAUGAUGCAAGCGCAAGGCAUUCUGAUUCGGGACAACAUGAGAACAAUAGGCGCUCAGGUCUAUGAGCAGGUGGUUCGCAGUGCUUACGCCAAGAGGAACAGCAGUGUAAAUGACUCAGAUUAUCCUCUUGACUUGAACCACAGUGAAACCUUCCUACAAACCACAACCUUUCUCCCUGAAGACUUCACCUACUUUGCAAACCAUACCUGCCCCGAAAGGCUCCCUUCCAUGAAGGGCCUGAUAGACAUAAACAUGAGUGAAAUCGGAAUGGAUUACAUUCACGAACUCUUCUCCAAAGACCCAACCAUCAAGCUCGGAGGUCACUGGAAGCCUUCUGAUUGCGUGCCUCGAUGGAAGGUGGCGAUCCUUAUCCCCUUCCGGAACCGCCACGAGCACCUCCCGGUCCUCUUCAGACACCUGAUCCCCAUGCUUCAGCGCCAGCGCCUGCGGUUUGCAUUUUAUGUAAUUGAGCAAGUUGGCACCCAACCCUUUAAUCGGGCCAUGCUUUUCAACGUCGGUUUCCAAGAAGCAAUGAAGGACUUGGACUGGGACUGUCUCAUUUUCCAUGAUGUGGAUCAUAUACCAGAAAGUGAUCGUAACUAUUAUGGAUGUGGGCAGAUGCCAAGGCACUUUGCAACUAAAUUGGAUAAGUACAUGUAUCUGCUUCCUUAUGCUGAGUUCUUUGGCGGAGUGAGCGGCUUAACAGUGGAACAGUUUCGGAAAAUCAAUGGCUUUCCUAAUGCUUUCUGGGGUUGGGGUGGAGAAGAUGAUGACCUGUGGAACAGAGUACAGAACGCAGGCUAUUCCGUGAGCAGGCCGGAAGGUGACACAGGGAAGUACAAGUCCAUUCCUCAUCACCAUCGGGGAGAAGUCCAGUUUCUUGGAAGGUAUGCUCUGCUGAGGAAGUCCAAGGAGCGGCAAGGGCUGGACGGCCUCAACAACUUGAACUACUUUGCGAACAUCACGUACGACGCCUUGUAUAAAAACAUUACCGUCAACUUGACACCCGAGCUGGCUCAGGUGACCGAGUACUGAGAUGAGGGGAGAAUAUGUUUGCUUUACCCACCGCCACCAAGAAAGCGGCCUGAUGAGAUGUCUCGGGGCUCCACCCGGAAGAGAGGAGACAUGCGGCAUCUAAUGAAGGAUCACAGGGUCAAGGAACAAAUGUGAGCAGAGCACACGCACAAACGCCUUCACGUUCGGACCCGCCGGGAGGAGGGAGCGAGCUUGGGACGGCCUUCAUCAGGACGGACUUUCUAUUUCCACGAGACAGACGUCUGUCCUGCUGCUCUUCUCCCCGUCUCCUACCCCACCGUCCCCUCUCAGCCACAAUCCAGAGCCGGGACUGUGAGCUGCCGCGGAGCCUGUUCCUGCGAAUGGCCUUUGGAGCAAAGAGGUAAACCCACCCCAGGGCAGCUGAGUCUUAGGAAGAGCAGAUGCAACUCCACACACCGUUCUUCUACGUCUCUGCUGUUCUCCUUGGUUUCAUUUUUUUUUUAAAAAUUACCUGCUUCGGGUGGGGAUGGAGGGUGGAGGGGAGGGACUGGGGAAGAUAAGUAGACGUAUAACAAUCACUUCUUGAAGAAGUAUAAUUGUAAAUAAGCCAUGUAAAAUGCCUUUUUUAAAUUUAAUUUUAUAGCUGGCUCCAAUUCAAACUGAGGAUUUAUACAUUAGAUCACUUAUUUGGUUGGCACGUGCGGGAACUCAGUUAAAAUGCAGUGGAAGAUCUCAUCUCCCAGAUGGCUGUUGCUUUGGGAGG